AUGAAUUUCACUGGUGAUAAACCAAAGAAAAGAUUUGUUGGACGCAGAGUCGCGGAAUCCUCAAAUGCAUCAUUAGUUCAGGCGCCCAAACGUCAUAUAGGGCGGGCACUCAACCAAAUUCCGGAUGAUAUACUUGGUGACAAAGAUUUGAACGAGGCAAUAAGACUUUUGCCUUCUAACUACAAUUUUGAAAUCCACAAAUGCGUUUGGAAUAUCAAGAAGCACAAUUCCAGGCGGGUAGCUUUACAAAUGCCUGAGGGUUUGCUUAUAUAUUCUAUGAUCAUCUCGGAUAUCUUGGAACAAUUUUGUGGUGUUGAAACUGUUGUUAUGGGAGAUGUUUCGUAUGGUGCUUGUUGUAUUGACGACUUUACUGCAAGAGCACUUGAUUGUGAUUUUAUUGUUCAUUAUGCUCACCUGUGCCUCGUUCCAAUUGAUGUUACUAAAAUAAAGGUCUUAUACGUGUUCGUGACCAUCAAUAUUGACGAAACGCAUCUAAUGAACACUUUGAAGAAGAACUUUCACCAAGGUGAUCAUUUGGCGUGUUUUGGGACAAUACAGUUUAAUCCCACAAUUCACAGCAUAAGCGCAAAGCUUGGAAAUGAUAUUGAGAAGCCAAUUUAUAUCAUUCCACCGCAAACAAUGCCGCUCUCUAAAGGAGAAGUGUUGGGAUGUACGUCUGCCAGACUUGAUGAAAAUAUCAAAGCUAUGGUAUAUGUCGGAGAUGGAAGAUUUCACUUAGAAAGUGCCAUGAUACAUAAUCCAAACAUCCCAGCCUAUCGGUAUGAUCCUUACUCAAGGAAAUUUACGAGAGAGCACUAUGAUCAGCAACAAAUGGUACAGGUGAGGCAGGAUGCGAUGAAUGCAGCUGCAAAAGCUAAAAAGGUUGGUCUUAUAUUAGGAGCCUUGGGAAGACAAGGUAAUCCUCAAACACUAGAUAGAAUUGAGACAACGUUCAAAGAAAAGGGGGUAGAGGUUGUCAAGAUCAUCUUGAGUGAAAUAUUUCCACAAAAGCUCGCUAUGUUUUCUGAUAUAGACGCUUUCGUUCAAGUUGCAUGUCCUAGGCUUUCCAUUGAUUGGGGAUACGCUUUUGAGAAACCAUUACUUACGCCGUAUGAAGCAAUGGUUGUCACGGGAAACGACACGUGGUUGAAGGAGUACUACCCCAUGGACUAUUAUGAAAAAGAUGGGUAUGGAAGGGGGAAAGUCCCUCUCCGCCAUUCUUGA